AUACCGUUGUGGACGGUUGCAUUCCUACUUCAGCAUACUGACGAUUGAGUUCAUCUGUCAGCUCAGUCAUUCGUGCUUUCGAGGUCCCCUUCCGAGACUUUUCCCGCUUCUGCAAAGCAGUCUUUGCAGCAAUCUGGCGUACUUCUCUAGACUUGGAUGCCUUCUUGUUUUUGUGUUGAGAAGUUGCCAUGAAGCAUAAUAGUCGCAGGGUUGUCGGAAGGAACGGAUGUUUUACUGGGUAGUCAGCGGUAGUGGUGGUCGUGAGUGGUCGUGGUGAGUGUUUGGAGGACGUGACGCUUGCUGCGGCAGCCACGCUCAAGCUCAGCCACAUCUGUUUUGCACAAGCUUUCACCUUUCUUCCGACUCUCGUCCCUGCUACAAGCAAAAGAUUGUGCCAGCAUUCGACAGGACUCACCUCCACCGCACCUGAGUAGCGGGCAGGCGACCUGUAUUGCACCUUGCUUGCUGGCAUGACUGACCUUGCUUCACCAGAUUGGGAUCUCAUUUCUUCCUACGGAGGUCUCUUGGCACUCGCUCUCAUAUCUAUAUACGCUGGUGCACAUGGCUCUCUUUCGCCUGUAAAACCUCACCGUAGCCCAGAAGCCGCGGCUACUACCGAUGACGAGGACGAGGAAGAAGAGAUAGAAGAUAGACUUUCGUCUUCCGAUGCGUGGUUCUUCCCCGUCAUUGGGUCCGUUAUUUUGUUCGGCCUCUACAUCGUUGUAAAGUACAUUGGGAAAGAAUGGAUUAAUUGGUUACUGCAAUGGUACUUUACAGUCGCUGGCGUAGGCAGUGUUGGAAAGUCUUUGAUAUCCUUGACUCGAUGGACUCUUGGGACAACUUGGUGGAAACACUUUGACAGACAUCGCUUCGUUUACUUGAAACACAAGCAAGAGAUACUUUCAUUCUCGUGGCGAACGCCUUCAAUAUUCCUUAUACCUCUGGGGGCGUUGCCCUCAAUCCUUUAUACCUUUGGAACCAAUAUCACUCGUCGCUCUGCUCUGCUUACGGACAUUCUUGCUCUCUCUUUCUCUCAUAAUGCGCUCUCUUUACUCAAGCUCGAUUCGUUCAAGACGGGCUGCAUUCUCCUUUCUGGUCUCUUCGUCUACGAUAUUUGGUGGGUAUUCGGAACCGAAGUGAUGGUCAAAGUAGCAACCAAUCUUGAUGUACCAAUCAAGUUGUUAUGGACGAAAUCCCUCACUUUCAACACCGAAAGAGGUUUUACCAUGCUGGGCUUGGGUGAUGUCGUCAUUCCCGGUCUAUUCGUCUCCCUAGCUCUACGAUACGACCAUCACAGAUCGUCACAAAAAUCGACAGACGGCAAGUUCGACAAACCAUAUUUCUUCGCAGCUUUACUCGGUUAUACGGUUGGACUGGGCACCACCAUGUUUGUCAUGCAUACCUUCAAGGCAGCUCAACCUGCCUUGCUAUACCUCAGUCCCGCCUGCAUCUUGUCGUUUUUGCUCACAGCGGUAGCACGAGGAGAGCUGCAGGACGCAUGGACAUGGAGCGACGAACCACAGAGUCCAAACACCACCGAAUCUCACGAGCCUGUCAAGAACGGGGAUGCCAAGGCAGCUUCUGAGACUGCGGAGAUGAACGGAAAUAGGUUGACAGCUUCAGACACUUUGGCCGGACCAGAAAAGGAUAGUCAACUCUCAGAUGCAGGAUCUCAGGGCGAGGGACACGAAAAGAAGCGAAGGACAAGGAAGAAGAAGAUUCAGCAGAGUUGACUGGAGCCUUCCGUUUGCUCGUUGUUUCUUGUGCAAUUGCCUUUAGCUCGGUGACGAAGUACCACGGCCUAAGCUGGCCCAAGUAUGUCGAGCGGAACACCAUUUCCGAGCGCAUUCUUGACAACCUUUUUACACUAUGGACCCGGCAGGAUCAGUGGCGUUAUGUCCUUAACGGUCAGGACUUGCCAAUUUAUUGUCAUCCGAUGUGUGAUGCAGGCACUAAAAAGACAAUGAGUUGCUACAGAGCCAUGGUUUCGGUCAAAAGUAUAUCGGCACGAUCAGAUACAUUCACUGCUGUACUAGGACCGCAGAAUACUAACCUAAAAAGGGUUCUCGGAUUACUUAUAAACCCAUCAUGCGUGA